GGCGAACUGUCGUUCCCCGUGAACGAUGGGAAGUACCAUAUCGUGCGGUUCACCCGUUCCGGUCAGAACUCGACGAUACAAGUGGACAACCAUAACAUUAUGAGCAAAGCACCGGCAGGUCGACAGCUGACGAUAUUUAAUAGUCACUCGAAGGUACAGAUCGGGGGUAAGAAGAAUACGGUGAGGGAUGCCAUCGAACGGCCAUUCCAUGGCAUUAUAGCCGGCUUUGUGUUCAAUGGGCACCGGAUUCUCGAUAUGGCCGUCGAGGAUGACAACAGGAUUACCGUCGAAGGAGACGUCAAGCUAUUGAUGUCCAUCAGCAAUGAGAAUAAGAACAAAGACAGACAUACCGGCGCUGCCGGCGGUGGACAGGGGCCAGACGUCUACGAGAAUAGCACUCGUAUGGAGAGCGCCGGCGAUCCACAGAUGCAACAGCCCAAGAGCUCCGUUAGCUAUGACACGGAUGACCUCAUAUACUCCGGCGCCGGCUCCGGCUGUUUCGACGCCGAUGAUGAGGUGCGGGAGGACGACUGCAGUAAAGUGGAGGGUUCUGGCGACGACCUCAUAACCCCAGUGUACGUCUCGAGCCCCCGGCCCGCCACAGCCGUACCUCCCUAUGCGAUGCCCUCAACGCACGGCUCGGCCCACAAGUGCGACGCCGACGACGAGGACUGUGUUGACGGCUCCGGCAGUGGGGAGCAGACCGGCCACCAAACCAGUAGCUCAAGCGUUAACGUCUACGGCGGGGGCGGCGCCGGUGGUGGUGGUGCGGGUCAGCCCUCGUACUACACGCCCUCCUCAUACACAACGACUCGACCGCCA